CUGAUCCCGGGAUCUGUCUAGACGGCAGCCAUCGUGGGAGCCUGCAGAGCUGGUCGGCAGUUUCACGUCGUCGACUUUCACUGCCGGAAGGGCCCUCUAGCGGCCGCACCGGCUGUUCCUGGGCGUCCCAGCCAGGGCCGUCCGCACGGCACUCGUGAAGAGCCUGAGGGCCGGGCCUCCGCCGCCCAACGGUGGCGAAAAGAGGCGGCCGGAGCCCGACCGGCCCCUGCUGCUUCAGCUGCCGGGCGCCGCGGAGCCCUGCGCUGCUUUGGGCCCAAUGUUCCUGCACACAGCGAUGAGGUACUACAGGCUAUGGAUCUACACGUGCAACGUGGCACUUCUCCUGAGCGCGCUGGCGUUCUCAGUCGCAGCCGCCUGGGUACUGUCCGACUACCGAGCGUCGCUGGUGCCCGGUCUGCGGCUGGCAGACCCGACCUUUGUGUACGCUGUGCCUGCUCUUCUCCUACAAGGUGGCUUACUACAGGCCCUCGGCUGCCUUGGAGCCCUGCGUAUGAACCAGCGGCUGCUGCACGCCUAUUGGGCACUGCUGUUCGCCCUUCUGCUCGGGGAUGCCCUGGCGGGCCUGGCCUGGCUCUUCCGUUACCGGGCGCUUGUCGCCGGACUCAGAGCUGGCCUUAUGGACGAGUUUCAGGACGGGUACGGCCUUCGUCCGGGUUACAGACUGCUGUGGGAUCGGCUACAGGCCGAGCAGCGCUGCUGCGGUGUGGACGGACCAGAGGACUACAACGCCACCGCUUGGCUUCGCGAGCAGCGCAUGGCGCACCCGUGGAUGCGGCACCAGGUGCCGGCCUCAUGCUGCCCAGCUGCACGGCCACAGGCAACGUGCCUGGACCGUGCCACGGGUGCAUACCGCACGCCGUGCCACGAGGCCCUCCUAAGGUGGCUGCAGCGAAGUGCCGACUUGCUCUGCGUUCUCGGCUUUUGCGUUAUGGCAUUCUUGAAGCUGUGCUUCCUGGGCAUCUUGCGGUACGAGAUCCGCGAGAUGAUUCAGAAAAUACGCAUCCUGAGCAGCGACCCUUCCGGGAGCAACGCCGAGGGACCCGUCGAGUGCGGCUCCUUAGGCAGCCACAAGGGCGGCGGCGAUUCUGCCCUGCUGCUCGAAAAGCGCGGGAAGCCGUCGAAUGGGAACAACAACGACGCGUCCUUCAACGAGUGCCACCACAAGUCAAGUCCCGUGUGAUAUGGUAGCGCUGCCCACGCAGGAUAAGGCACUUUCAGUUCAAACCACACGCACGGGAAGGGUGCUGUCACGCAGCAGCAACGUAUAGCGCGGUAACCGAUGAUGUUCUUUCAAAAUAUUCACUAGAUUACGCUUCUCCGGUGAAAAGAAGGCUAUGUACAGAAAUAGCCACUCACAUGAUAGUGGUAUGGUAGUUACCAUAGCACUGUGAUGAGGUGAGAACACCAAGGUCCGUGAAAAUGGCAGAGAAAGUGAGCUGGGUUAAUAUCACUGAAAAUGACUGCACAUCAUUUCGUAUCAGUGCUACGUACGCCUGAGAUUGAAUAAAAAAUGAAAGGUAGAGCAUUCUUUCCUCUAUGCUUUCGAACGGCCCCUACUUUGGCAAUCCAUAAAAAAGAUAACAGGACUACUAUUUAAACUGGAAAGAAGCUGCGGGAAAUAUGAGACCGGAAUUGAAAAUGCUGCCAACUAAGUAUUGUGAAAGUGUUUGUUGUCCCUUAGGUAUUUAGGGGUCUUUCCAAAUUGAAAAAUGACCGUCGUGAGCCGGCGCUGAAAAAGUGAGCAAAACACAGUUCUGGCACUGUUAUUUGAGGCUGAUUGCUGGCGAUAUGUUGGGUACCGAAAACGAAUUCUUUGAAGGCCUUCUCCUAUGUUGGAUGGCUAGUGUGCUCCAUGACGCAUGGGACAUGCUGUGCAUCAGUUGACUACUGUUGUUAUGGUGCGCGAGCUGUUGGUGAUUGUUGCCGUUGCUGUGAUGCAAGUUGGACCUGGACAGGCAAGAAUUGUGCUCGUUACAUGAGUGUUGUGGCUCGUUUGCUUCACAGUGGGACAUAGUACCCAUACACUCGCCUUACAGGUUUGAUGGGAGAAACAAAGCAAAGUAUUACCACGGCUGUCGCUAUGGUAAGCACAAUGUAACCUGGGCAAUGCAGUGGUAAGAGUUCUGCAUAGUCUUCGGAGAACACCCAAGUUCAAGACAGCCAUUGUAUCCCCGUCAGAAAUUUUAUGUUAGUCAUAAUUUCCUGUCCACCACAAUUUAUUGUGCUUAAAACUUAUACUGUGGUUUUAUUGCUCAAAUUUUGUAAAAUUUUUUAUUGAUCAUACUGUAAGGAUUUGUUCAAUGUAUUUGAUUGCCGCACACAUUCAGACAUGUUCUUCCCGUACCCUUAUUAGGGCAAAUAAACGUGAUUGGAGGGCUCAUCAAAGCCGACAAAGAAUGCAGCAAGCUUAAGAAAGCGAAGCACGAGUAAUAACUUCCAGAACUUUACAGUGUAAUUAGUACACCAGGAAACAGCGGAAAGAACUUGAACCGCAUUGUUUUGCAACUGUGGUUUGACGACCACGUCACAUGUAUUUGGAAUUUGGCCUUGGCAUCAUUCAGGCUGGUUGGCUAGCCAUUGCUUUCUUGUCUGUUCUAUCGACAUUCCAGUGUGUAGCGUAGGAGUUCAUGAUAACCAGAAAUGUCUAUUCUAGGUGAUUUUUAAUGUACUCAAUAUUUGGAAUCGAGCUAACAUUUACAAGUGUUCAACUUUGCUUUAUGGGUUUUUGUUGGUAUGUUUAUUUUAACAUGGUGUUAGUGAGUCUCAUAUGUGCAUAAUUUGAAAGCGGAGCGCUACUACGAAAAUAUGGCACCUUGUGAAAUCACAUAUUAAAAUGAGGUGUGCGAAUAAGGAUAUGUAGAAGAAAAAUGGAGAAAUAUUGGGCACCUUCUUUGUGCGCAUGUGUGUGAGAAGCUGUGUGUGUGUACAUGUCUGUAAGAACUUGUCUUCAUUUGCACUCUAUAUUUCAAAGACAUACUAUACCGACCGGAUCCACAAGAAUUGUUCUGCAGAAUGCAACGAGCACUUUUCUCUACAUGUUAGAAAAUGUUUCAGAGCAUCACAUGUUCUAUAAAAAAUAGAGAAAAACUUGCAUGCUCGAUCGUCUCGUUACAGAGCUAAUAGCUUAAAGAAUCUUCUAUACUGUUUUUAAGUUCUUCUAUGAGUACAACCUAUACCAUCCCAGAGUAUCUACCGUUAUGAGUCUACUUUUGUUGUACAGUAAACUAAGCUACAGUGUUCGCGGACACAAUAUUAAAAAAGAAAGAAUCCAUCGAUAUUUUGCGGCGUAUUUAUCAAGGCAGUGAAUAUACAGACACAGCAGAUAUAUAGACACCAGUUAUUUGAUAUAUUCAUUCCAUCUUAUGCAUGCGCACAAUUACAACAAGGAGCACUAAAAGAUUGAAGGGGUAGUUAAGGAGAAAAGUUCUCGCUAUAGCGCUCCUUGAGGCAUUCUUACCCCCUUGGCAAGAACGACUACUCGAUGUUGUACACAAAACACUGUAAAAAUAUGGCCAAGCAGUGGCUCUAGCAAAAUAUCAGAGGAGAAAAAUGAUAUUUUUCAAAAACUCUCAAACUAGUAGCAAUAAAGGUAUAAGAACAAGGAUAGAAACUUCAAAGCUAAUAGUUACAUAAAUACCAUCAUAAAUUAUAGGUAUCUAGAUACCAUCAUAAGCAUUUAUAACAUGUAUGAAUGCUAAAGAAGAGGAAGAAACAAGUUUCUAAAUUCCGACAGUGAUAGACCCCGUAACCUAGCUCAUUAUAUGUGUUUAGUAGCCUCAGCCUUGCUUAACAUUUGAGAAGGAUGGUCUUUCUUAAAUUGCUGAACCUUCCGCGUUUUAGGUGUGCGAGAGUAACAGUGGUAUAUGUUCACCAAUGUAUUUGCUACUUCAUCACGUAAUGCAGCUAUACACUUAGCAUCAAAGUAUUAAUCACCCAAAAGACCACGUUUAUAAGUGAAACGGGCUGAAUAAGGUACAUUAGCAACCUUGUAUGGUUUUCUUUGAUAUUCUUGGUAACUUAUUCAAGUUUCAUUAGGUACAUCUUUUAUGUGACUAUGAGAAACUUGAAAAGAACGUUGAGUUUACCCUUUACCAUAAAAGAAAAAUUCAGCUUGAAAUUACUCCUGCAUAUGCACCCAGUACGGAUGAACCUUUGCUGCAAGUAAUCACGCUCGAUAAGGCUUAACCAUUUGACACUACCAGGAAUUCAACGUAUUCGUUUUUGUGCGCAAUACAGCCUAUUGGAAGUCAGCACGACUCCGACAGUGCAGUCUUAUGAAUGAGCCAGAAAGUUUUUCUACAAUGAUUCAGCAGUAAAUACUCGCAUGCAGCCAGCAGGUAGAAAAUGAGGUGCGAGAGAGGCAAACAAAUUGGGACGCUAUUCGUUCAACGGUCACCUAAGGAGACGAGCAUAUAUAGCAAGCGUUGCAUUCUGAUUGAAUUCAGAAGCUACGUGGGGGAUUCAGCAAGUCAACCAUAGAAAUGCAGAAACGCCCUUUUGUCUUUGUAGCCCAGGAAGGCUGGCUCAUAUUUUCGGAGGGGUGUCCUUAUUAUAGGUCAUAUUCCGCAUAUUUUCGGAGGGGUGUCAUAUUCCGCUUGAAUUGUGAAAGGCCUGAGAAAGGCCAGACAGCGUUACCAAGACUGAUGAAAAUUACAGGUGCAUUACUCACUUCUAUAACAGUCAGUUGCGAAAAGAUGUAAUCUCAUGUCUGAAACGUUCCAUGAACGCAAAGCACAGCAUAGAAAGAUGUGCCUAACUAUGUCCUGUGGAGUCCCUGGAGCUGGCUGUACCAAAUAAGCGCUGAAAACUGUGCAUUGGACUCAGGACCAAUGAUUAAGUUCAAAAGUUUUCUUGUAUGAUGACUUGAAACACUUCCUAGUCACUAUUGCAGGAGAACACAAACCGUUGCCACAGCCGGUCCCCCUUAGCCGCUUGCUGUGCAUAGUCAUGAAGUGUUCGCGCGUGCUUAGAACCUCUUGCUGCUAGCUCGUAUUGCAGCCGGUGAGAUAUCGGUGAUUCUCAAAGCUCCUGUGAAAAGCCAACGUGCUUCGUGCCAAGAGGUGUUACUUGCACUGUGGGUGUUAUCCUGAAUGGCUGAUUGGAGCUCGUUCGAACGUCCUUCCGUUGCAAGUUAGCUUCCAUCUUUUAUCGCUGACUGGCUUUGAGCACCAAAUGUGUGUAGGCUAAAGGUGGCCAAAUACUCAGUGCUUCCUGUAACAUCUCUAAUUAAUGCCAUUGGCAUGACAUUGAGGCUCAACUGUUUUGCCGGUGCCAGAACUUUACAAAGUGAUAUCAUGAGGUUUGUUUUUCUUUUUGCUAGAAAUUGUUUACGCCAAUAAGUUAGAUGCAUGCACGUAAACCAAUUGGAUUUUGACUACCUCCUUGGCACAAAGAAACCAUAGCAUUGAAAAUUGUUUACUGUGAUACUGUUGAGAAAUGAACACAAUUACAGCACAUAAUUAUUAUAGAAUAAAAUAAGUGGGUGGGGCAAGGAAGAUAGCUUAAGUAGUGCUCAUUUGAAUCUCGUCAUACAUCCAGUUAUCCUUACAAGUUCAGAAUACUGAACUGAAUGUUCCUUAAACAGUCUGCAUUCCAUUUUUGUUUAAAAAAGAGUAAUGCCAGCCAGAAAUCACAUUGUAUGGCAGCGGUUACCCUCUGCAACUACUCAUUAUAUGUAUGUGUAUCACAGUAGCCGCAGUCUGUCCAAAUGUAUUUCUACAAAAAAGUGACAUUACACAGAAAAAUUAUCUUUCACAUUGUCGGAAGUACUGAAUAGAAAUUAAGGACGACACCGCUUAGCGAAAAAAAAAAAAGCUGGUCACAGCUAGCAACGGAUCGUUAGCUUCAAAAGGCUGCUGUCUGUGUCUCGCAAAAACUUGCCUUGUUAUGGAGGUUUGGGCAUCUUCCGAACAAUACACAAGUCUCCUUGCACUUGAAAUAUAUUUCAAAGAGGGAAGCAUGAGCCACAUUGUAACAAACGAAGCACUGUAAAAAUUUAGCCGUACCAGUUGGGCUCGUGUUAGUUGCUUUAGAUUUAGCUUAAUGGGAAGAGUGACCAUGAACCAAAGCAAUGCCUCUAAUGCUACCUUCUCUUCUUUUCUUACAGAUAUUUCAUCUAUCCGCUAAAAGUGCAAUAGGCUUUAUUUUUUUCACCUCAAUUAAGUAAAUUGAAGGAUAAGCGGAACAUUGAAUGUUUUAAGCACGUUAUUGCUUUUAACAUAUAUUUUAAAACAGCAAGCAACGCUAUAGUUAAUCGACACAAGACAUUGAAAGUAGAAUUACAUGGUGGUAAUUUUUGUGGCCUAAUGAAAGUAAAUGUCCGGCCUACCAAAACAUUGAUGCUAAGCAGGCAUAUUAUCUUAUUUCAGAAGCACAUCUCCACGGAAGUGUAAUAUUGUUACAAGUAUGGAAGAGAUUAGUGCGAACGCUUGACUACAGAGCACUAAAUGAAGUGUCCCCCAUCCAGUGUCCAACAUCCAUAUUUUCAUUCUCAAUGCGUCACUUCAAGUGUAGGCCACACAUGGAAGAAUCGAUAUGUAUACUCAAAAUGCGGCAACCUCCAUACAUUUGAGUUGGAGUGGAGUAUAAUGUUGCGAAGAACAUAUCUCAGCAUUAAUCAUCUAAGCCGGUUGGUCUCACUGCCCUUAAGGCCACACAAAUAUUGGAGUUUUGGAAAAGCAUGUGUCCCUUAUUUAGGGUUGGAUAAAUAACGUAUCAUAGAAGUUGGGAUUGCUAAACUGAAUUCGGAUCGUUUGUUUCCUCAUGACACUCUGUAGUGUUCUCAGAGUUUUUAACAUUGUCAAGGAAAUAUAUAUGAGGUGCUUUGAGUAUCUGUUGCAUCAUACGGAACAGUGCGUAAGACACACCAAAUAAAAUGUGAAGCUGCCGAGUUUGUGAAGAAGGACGAAUAGUUUCCAAACUGCGUAGCGAAAAGCUCCCGUUUUCCUUGCUUGUCAAUCACUCACACUGUGUUGGGCUCACCGAGUUUGCAACCAAUUAGGCUUAUUUUUAAUAGUUUACUACUUCCGCUGGCAGCACAAUGAGUAAUCGACGCGAUGCAUACAGAUUCUUUAUCCGGUAAUACGAAUGAUAAAAGUGCUUUCAUUUAACAACAUUUUACACAAUCUCCAUGUUACUAGCACAAGCGCUUUGAAAAUGAAAAUUUUCGAAGCCUCCAAAAGUGUGGGCCUACAGCUUACUAAAAAUUCUGAGCUAGUUCUAGAAUAGAAGCCCAGUUUUUUCAACACCUGACAAAAAAAAGAAGAAUGACAGUCGGUAGCAUAGAAUUUAAUCUGGUAUUUCGAAGAAGAAACACCAAAGACAUAUGCGCUCCAACAAGUGUAACAGAAAUCUAAUUUACAGUGUUGAAAAAUGGCUGCAGAAGGUGUUAUUUAUAUAUAAAGCAAGCUGAAGGGGACACAUUGAAAAUAGCGGUUUCAAAGUACACCCUAGUGGAUUUGUACAGCUCCGUUAAGUGGUUUCUCUGCUUUUAUGGAUGCAGCUGUUUCAGCUGCCCUUCAACACACUGCUGUUCGGCGGGACAGAUUGUGCUCUUCUCGCGCUGCUGCACUCAUUUAUAUUCACCCUGUGUUUUUUUUAUACUAUUGCUGUGCUGUGGUGCCUCCUUAGGGUAUUGCGAUUUGUUAAGCAUGAAGGGCUGCGUUUCACAUUUCAGCAGAGUGUUUGAGAAAGCUGAUUAGUGUAGACACACUAUACUUCUACUGACUGUGAGAAAACACAGGCACAAGUACACAGCCUAGAAUAUUGCAGCUAAUUUACAGCUCAGUUUAUUUCUUCAAGGUGACGGACAUUGAAAAUAUGGUCGAUAUACGGGCUGAUUGAAUUUAAUCACACUCACUCAUCAAAAUGAAAGUCAUGGCUCUACGUCUCAGAGCAGGGCUCAGUUUUCAUCUGUUGUGACUUGAGCUCAAUCAAUCAGUCAAUGAAUGAGCGAAUCAAUCCAUCAGUUAAUAAAUUAUUCAAUCAAUCAUCAACUUCAUUUGUGCCCAUUUUGCAAACAGGCAGCGAAUAAAAGCUGUCUUCCGACAGCUUCACGAGCCUGCAGUCCCCAUUUACGAGGGCUCACGGCUACACAGCGACAGCUCCAUUUACAUAUAAUUAAAAAAAAGAGAUCGAAGAGAAAACUUGCAUGCUUGUAAACACAGUAGGCCAAUUGUUAACAAAGGCUUCAGCAAGAGAAAGGCAACAAGCCCAGAAAAAUAAUCAAAUGAAAAGGAACAGUGUAUACAUAGUAGUAACCAAUAGUGCUUACCAAUUUCAAGUGAAACUUGCCUGAGGGACAAAAAAAACAGAUAAAAAUUUGUUAAUGUGUAAUUGCAGAAGGGUAUCUUAUAUGGCCAGUUGGUACAUGAUACUGAUGGGAACAUCGCAAAAAAUGAGACCGAGAAAAAAUGAGCACACAGUUGUGUUUCAGCACUGGUGUUGUGUGUUCAUUUUUUCUCAGUCCCAAUUUUCACACUGUUUCCCUCAGUAAUGUGUAAUGAUUGAGAAAGGAAGCCAAUGUGUGGCGCAAGCAUUGCAUUGAAGAGUUUAAAAGCGCGGCCUGUACCGCGUGUCUCCGCUUUUUGUGUCCUAUAGUUUGUUUUUCUUUUCCAGGAAGGCAAUCUCUCUUAAGCAACCUAAGUUGUCUUUCAUUCCAAAUGCAAAGUGGAUAUUUAGUCUCUAAUGAUACCGCUCACAAAUGGUCAUAAUGUGAGCAUCAACAAACGAGUCAGAAGUUGAUGUUCCAAAAGACACGUUGAAGUAAACUGAAUGAAUUUUUUCUGUAUUUUAUAUAUUUCUUGCAGGUUAGAAAAAUUUACAGGCAAACCGUGUGUUGUUCCGAAAUGCUAACUACCGUCGGGCUUGAUGAGUGAGCGUAAUUCACUUCAAAUCAGCAUGUAUGAAUAUAAUGAAUGUGUUAGAGAAGCUUGUCAUUAAAAAUACAUAUAUAUAUACAAUCAGUUAGAACAUAGUGACUGCUUUCUCGAUCUUGGUAUUUUGGUCUGACUUUAUUGAACGUGAUGAUGUGUGGAGUGAGCUAUACAGAAAGAGGUCCCUUAGCUUGAAUUGUGCUAUGGGACCUAUGGAAACAUGGCGGGGGAAACAAACUCCCCCCGCCAUGUUUGGCUACGCCAGUGAUGAAUUCCCCCUAGUCACAGUGAUGAACUUGUGUGAUUUGUUUUAUUGUCAAAAGAUUUCCAUGCGACGGCCAAUGGUCACCGUUCUGCUUUGAAACACAGUACAACAUAGCAUCAGCAGCAUACCUUUGUUACACAAGAGAGCGAGUACAGACUUUGCGGCUUCGCCUGAAUGGUCCUCUGAACUAGUACACAGUACCAUCGAGAAACUUCAUACCUGUAAAUUAUAGCAGCAAAUACACUGUUCGACCAUCAAAAAGGCAAACAGGGUGCGUAAGUUCAGAUUCCUGAUGUGCUUUGAGGGGAAGGUGGCACCAGGUGGCGACAUAUCGUGCACUUAAUAUCAGAGCUCCCUUAAGGUUAUCAUUUGAGGAGCUUAUCAUCGAGCUUCAAUGCAUCAGACAAAGACUCUUUGUUGGAAAAACUUCACAUUUUUGUCGGCUUGUAUACCGCUGGCAUGCUACUCUGUGCGUGGUUCAAUACACAAUAGCACUUUUGCCUGGAUGUUGUGAUUAGGAAAUUUGUAUUUCUCUGUUUCAAUCACUGGCGAGAAUCAGGCCAAAUUAUAUUUAUCAUUGUCACUGUCUGCUUUGAGACCAUGACACGACACCGCAUUUCUUCUUGUAACUAGUUAAACGUGAGAGAUGUUGGUGGAAAACAAGCAGAAUCAGCCCUUAUAUGCACAGCACUCACUAAGCAGAUCACCCCUGCAUCGUUGCUUGCAUUGUGCAUAACUAUGAAAAGCAAUUUUCUUCUUUUUAACAAUUUGUGCAACUAAUCCGGGAAGCUAUAUUGUUGUCGUCUGUUCCUGUGUUUUACCUACAGGGGGGCUCAAAAGUUCCCAGGCCAUGCUGCCAUAGGAAUAUAUGGGUUAGUGGCCAGAGAACUUUUGACCAGCCCUGCACAAACGCCAGAUCAAUAUUUUAGUAGUAAGGUGGAACACGUGCUAGAAAAAAGGGUAUUUUUUUUACAACACUGUUGUAAGCAGGAGAACACACUCAUGUGUUUUUGAUCAUUUUUUUCACUGUGCUCACAUGCAUGAAAAUACGUAUACGGUGUCUCAUUUGUAUAUUCUACGUCACCGGCUCUUGACUGUGUUUUCGAGAAGUUCAGCAUUUGCUGUGAUCACUGCGUGCUGAGCAAUGAUUUCAGAGGCUUAAAGCGAUGAUGUCACUUAAUGAAGGCACUUACGAAACUCUGUGGCAAGGCACCCCCCCCCCCCCUCUGCAGGAAAUAGCGCGGCCAUUGUGAUGGAGCUUGCACUCGGGCAGCUUCACGCCGGAUCUGUAACCGGUCUUUGUUUGCGCAGCAGUUUUUCUAGCACUUUUGUUUGGUCAUUCUUAACCUUGUUUUGAAUAUGGAAGUAUUCAAAUACUAAGGAACAUUUUUACUAAGCCGGAACAUUCCACAUAAAAAGAGCUUGUUUUUGUCUUUGCAUAUGCUUCAUUAUGGAGUCUGGAAAAUGUUACGCCUAGCGAAUACCAAGACGCAUAAAACUUGAUUGUGUCGUGAGGGAGCGAACCAAAUACGUUGUGGUGCAGAUGUAAUCAUUGUAGUUAGAGACAGGAAAUCAACUCUAGUUGUGUACAUAAAUUGAGAGCCCUGUUACACGCUCUUGUCAACGUGAUUCGCACGUGAAAGGUGCCUCCUAUUUAUUCACAAGGGCGCCAACGUGGACAGCUCACUCGGCGAUGAAGCCGCUGCCUUGUAAACUUGCUAUCCGCCGCCACGCGGCAAAACAAAGUGCACUAUCUCUCUCACUUGCGCCCAAAAACUUUUUUUUUCGUGUGGCAUGCUACUUCGCUGUAGAUUCAUGUCUUUGUCCUUCGUAGAUUUAGCACGAACGUGGUGGUAGGCUAAGCGUGUUAUAUUUUUAAAAAAAGAAGAAAGUGAAUUGCUAGUCUAGGGUAGACUCACAAGUACAAUGCUCUGUACAUAAUUAGCAUCGGCAAGAUGCGAAGUGCAUUCAGUGCUCCAGAACUUAUUUGAACGGCCACUUAUUUUGAUGUGUCACGUUCUGGAACGAAGAGCUUUGCGCCUUUAACAAUGUUGCUUUCGAAUGCAUAAACAUGUAUCUAUGAAUAUUUACAGCUAUUGUUAUAAGUAGAGCGCGAAAAGUUCUGGAGAAUGUUUGUUGUGAACUGUUGUGCUCUCAAAAAAUAAAAGUACAGGAUUCCAAGCAUAA